AUGGCUUGGAUAGACCAAGCUCCUUGGCUGGCCUGCAGCGCAGUCAUACUACUCACUCUGGCAGCGCUGCGUUUCUUACCUGGUUAUACACCAGACCAAUCUCAAGCAAGACUGUGGCAAACACUCGAUGCUAUCGGUCCGAGGGCGACUGAAGGCUACACUAAAUUCUGUAAGGCGCAGAACUUGCCUUUCAUCCUGCCCAGCCUCUGGGCCGGCCGGGCUGUCGUGGUCCUGCCGCCGUCGCUUCUGCCGCUUCUCAACCGUCAGAAUAGCGAGCUAGCGGCUCACGGACCUCAGUCGGAUACUAUACAACUGCCGUACAUGAUGUCCGACACCGAUGUCUAUCAUAACCCUAUCCAAUAUGACGUUGCACGACGCAAUAGGUCCCGCAGGGACAUUGGGGCUAUAGCCGCUGCCACGUCGGAGGAAUUGCACGCCGCUUUCUUGGCCUUUUGGGUUGCAGAUGGCAACGAGUGGGCUGAGCUGAACAAUUGGGACGCAUGCGGUAUAGUCUUGGCAAAGGCCUCCCACCAGGCUGCAGCCUGCCGAGAAUAUCAAGGUGCAGCAGUCCGGAAAGGAACAGCGACGAGCUUGGAUAAUUACAACCCACCCAACCAACGUUACGACCUAAGCGCUCAAGUACUAAGGGCCCACGCCAUGUUACCGACAGCCUGGCUUCGAAGGCAAAUUUGGAAAUCAUACGUGUACUUGAGCGAGUAG